CUCUGGAGAGAGAGGACUACGUUUGGUCCACAUGUACUACGUUGUAAACUAUUGCGGUCGGUUAGAUUUAAACAUUUGCAUCGGAAAUGAGGAUAAAAAAGGCGAAAGCAAACAAAAAUGUGAACAGUGACCCAGUUAAGAACUUUGAGAAAUGGAAAAAGAGAUAUGACAAAUCCAGGAAACAAACAAAAAGACCGAAUAAGAAACGUGAUUGGGAGAUAGAAAGAGAAAACAUACAGAAGCUGGUCGAUAAAUACGCGGAGAUAAAUCCAAAGGAAGCUGUUAAAUUUUCUGAUUUUCCACUCUCAAAGAAAACUGUAAAAGGCCUUCUUGAGGCUCAGUAUCGACAACCGACAGAGAUCCAAAGACAGACCAUUGGCUUUGCGUUGCAAGAAAAGGAUGUUCUGGGUGCUGCAAAAACUGGCUCAGGAAAAACUCUGGCCUUCCUUAUUCCUGUCUUGGAGUGUUUGUACCGUCACCAGUGGACUGCUAUGGAUGGCCUUGGUGCUCUUAUUAUCUCCCCCACUCGAGAGCUGGCUUAUCAGACAUUUGAAGUGCUGAGGAAAGUGGGAAAAAAUCACGAGUUUUCAGCUGGCCUCGUAAUUGGCGGAAAGGACCUCAAGGAAGAGUCACUGAAGAUCCACCGUACCAACAUCGUCAUCUGCACGCCGGGGCGCCUGCUGCAGCAUAUGGACGAAAAUUCCACCUUCCACGCCUCAGACCUGCGCAUGCUCGUUCUGGAUGAAGCAGACAGAAUUUUGGACAUGGGUUUUGCUGACACACUCAACGCCAUCAUUGAGAACCUUCCUAAGACCAGACAGACACUGCUAUUCUCUGCUACACAAACCAAGUCUGUCAAAGACCUGGCCAGGCUCAGCCUAAAGGACCCUGAGUAUGUGUGGGUGCACGAAAAGGCCAAGUUCAGCACUCCUGCAACUCUGGAGCAGAGCUACGUGGUGUGUGAACUGCAUCAGAAGGUCGACAUGCUCUUUUCUUUUUUGAGGAGUCACGUACAGAAGAAGAUUAUUGUGUUUUUUGCUUGCUGCAAGGAGGUGCAGUACCUGUUCCGUGUGUUCUGUCGUCUGCGGCCCGGCAUCUCUGUGCUGGCACUGCACGGCAAGCAGCCGCAGCUGAAAAGGGUUGACGUCUACAACGACUUCGUCCGCAAAAAGGCCGCUGUGCUCUUUGCCACGGACAUUGCUGCGCGAGGACUCGACUUCCCUGCUGUGAACUGGGUGCUGCAGUUUGACUGCCCAGAAGAUGCCAACACGUACAUCCACAGAGUCGGGAGGACUGCCAGGUAUAAGGAAGGAGGGGAGGCUCUGCUCAUCCUAUUGCCCUCUGAGGAGCAAGGCAUGAUCUCCCAGCUUCAGGAGAAAAAAGUCCCCAUCAACAAAAUCCAGGUGAACCCAGACAAGCUGGUAUCUGUGCAGCAGAAGCUAGAGGCCUUCCUGGCCCAGGAGAAGGAGCAGAAGGAGCGGGCUCAGAGGUGUUUUGUGUCCUACCUUCGCUCAAUCUACCUGAUGAAGAACAAAGACGUCUUUGAUGUGUUUCAGCUCCAGCUGCCAGAAUACGCCACGUCUCUGGGGCUGGCCGUGGCCCCACGCGUGCGCUUCCUGGAUAAGGCUCAACAGCAGAGGCUGGGCGAGGCACCAGAGAGUAGCACUGCACCAGACCGGGAGGCCGAUCAAGAGCUCGAGAGCUUCAAGGCCCAGCUCCGAGGAGACCGUACCAGCAUGCAAUUAGAGGAGGAGGAGGAAGAUGUAGAUGAAGAGGAAGAAGAGAAUGGGGAGCUACCUCGAAGUCUGCUCCAUAGUGCUGAGGAGCAGGAGGACGAAGACCUGGAUCUGGACCUACUGACGGUCAAACGGAGAGAUGUGUUUAAUAUCGAUGAUGGGCAGGAUGAAAAGCCGGAUGCCAAACAACGGAACAAGAAAGCGUCCAAAUUCAAGGAGGUGAAGAAAGUACUGAAGAGAAACUUCAAAGUGAACACCAAGAAGGUCUUCACAGAGGAUGGAGAGACGGUGCAAGAGUGGCCUCAGCUGCAGAGGACGGUCAUGCCCGAGGACGAGGACGAGGGUGAUGGUGAGACGUCGGGCAUUAACGUGGAGGCGGCCAAAGAGCGCCUCUGCAGGGAAGACCGGGAGUUUGACAAGAAAGAAUACAGCAGGAAGAUCAAGGAGAAACACAGGGAGAAAAGGCUGAAGGAGAAGGCUGCACGGCGAGAAGCCAGCAAGCGGGCGAAAGAGGAGAAGAAGCAGGAAGCUUCUGGUGGUGGUGAUGAAGAUGAGGAUGAGGAAGUAGUGGCAUACUUGUCUGGCGUUGACGAAGAGUUUGACCCCAGCACCUUGCCUGACCCGGACAAAGUACGAGAUUCGGAGGACAUGAAAAGCAGUGAUUGUCCUGAGCUGGCUAGGAGGAAGAGGGCUCGCGGCAGCAACAACGACGGCGGCAGUGAAGAUGAGCAUGAGGGACGCUGGGGCACGGGGAGGAAGAAAGCCAAGCAGCAAGCCUUGCAGGCUGAGCCCCUGGACACUGGCCUCUCUCUGGCUGAGGAUGAAGAGCUGGUGCUGCAUUUGCUGGGCAGCCAGAGCUAGUUGCACAAGUGACUGCAGGCCCCACCUCACACACACACACACACACACUUAAUUUCCCUCCCCUGGACUCUGAUUACUCUGUCUUCUGCAUUUAGAUAUUGUGUAUUUACAUUUUGUCAAAUAAAACUUGAUAUACUGUG